AAAACAAUUAUUUUUAUUCAGUAAACAAACUAUCGAUUUGUUUGUAUCGUUGUUUUGGUCGGAGUUUUUUAUUUAUUUAUCUGUACCGAACUCGAUGGCCACUACUACCGAUAAUGACCAAUCAAUGGACAUCUUGUUUACGGGACAAGACUUGACGUCAACUGACCAAACAAUUGGCAAACAAAUGACGGCCGACGGCAACGAGUUGAGCGCCGUCUCAGCCGAUAAUCGCAACGAUUCUGGUCAACAGUGGUCGUCAUUACAACCGACGAUCGUCAGCCGUCAUCAGUGGUCAGACAAUAGUCGAGUACAACAAAUACGACAACAAUUGUUAGACUAUCUGUGCGACCAAACUCUUACACUUCCCGUCGCUUUCAUUGUAUUGAACAAUCAUAUCGUGAAGACAUGCGGUUACGAUGUUGUCGACGACGACGACGAUAGCGAUGGUCAACAACAGACUGAUUACCGAAAUCAUUGCCAACAAGUAGUCGACCAAUUGCUGCGCGAGUUAGCCAAACAACAGGUCAUUAUCAUUGCUGAUGAAUACAACAACAAAGUUAAGACAUGUUUCGAGUCGAUGACGACGACUACGGAAGACAUUCAUUACAUUAUAACAGCCGUCGAUAGGAUUAAAGUCAAGACAUUUGGACAACAAAUCAAUGAACUGAUAGUCGAUAGACACAAAUCAUUGGACAAGAAAAAUAAGACAUUAAAUGUUGGUAUUAGUGAUCAACUAAUGAAAGACAAAGUAGACGAUAGUGACAGUCAGUGUCCAUCCAGUGAACAGUUGGAUAGCGUUAGUCAUCAUAAUGUUGUAUAUAUGAGUCAAAUGUGUAAUAAUAAUAAUAAUUGUGUUAAAAAUGUGUCGAAAAAAAUGUAUAAAAAGUUGAAUCGUUUGCGUAAUAAAAGUGAUACUAAUAUUAAUAGCUGUGAACUGAGAGUAAAAGUAUUGAAAAAAGUUUAUGAAUCGUCAGUAAAGAAAUUAAGUAGUACCGGCAAUAUUAAUAAUCCAAUGGAUCAAUUGCGACAAUCAAUUGAAAGCGUUAGACAUCAUAUGAAUACUAUGAGAACAGCUGGUUCUCCGUUGGCGGCCAUAGAGGCUAUGAAUCAAUGCUUGAGGCAACUCGAGGCCGAGUUGGCCAGAAUGGCCACUUUGGGCGACGACGACGGCGUGGAAGACACACAUGCCGAAGAUGGUGACCAACAGGACAUUGCUGUCGGUGGUAGCGAUGCUGAUUCGCCGGUUCCACCAUCGAGUGCUACACCCGAUUCCCAGCGCCCGCCGACUACUCCAGAAGUACUCACCACUUCUUCAGAAUCGGGCGUUGGGAACGAGAGCGCCGAAGAAGAUCCGGCUGUUGAGCGUCACAAACGUCUUAAAUAA